CUGCCCCGCCCCAGAAACAGCGGGCUUGGUCAGGUGUUCCGAGAACCAACAACGGGCGUAAACUUUUCCCUUGGAACAUUAAUCGUAUUUCAUUUUACAGUCAAACAUAAAUCGAUAUCGAGCAUGCUUAGACGGAUACUUCAAAUGACUCCUGGGAAAGGAGGCUCCCAGAACUCUGAGUCAGACCAGCCCAGUGCAGACCUCAACAAUGACCAGACCUCCGAGGGAUUCAUCUGUCCCCAGUGCAUGAAGUCCCACAACUCCGCAGAGGAGCUGUUUAAGCACUAUGAACUAUACCACGAUUCAGGAGACCAGCCCCCCAGCAUGGGCCCUGGCCGGGAAGACUUUAUUCUUCUCCGGCAAGAGUUGCAAGAAAUGCAGACCUCGCUCAAGGAGGAGCGAUGGUUCUCUGGCGAGCUGAAGAAGGAGCUGGACAAAGUACAAGGACACCUGAAGCAAGGUCAACAUAAUGACGGCCAGGCAGGCUCAGAGGAUUCUGCCCUGGCGGUUAAGCUGAACCAGGCGGAGACGGAGAAGUUCAACAUCAAGCAGAUGAAAGACCUGUUUGAGCAGAAGGCUGCCCAGCUGGCCACAGAGAUAGUGGACAUCAAGUCUCGUUAUGAUGAGGAAAAGAGCCUGAGGGAGGCUGCAGACCAGAGGCUGGCCAACCUGAUCCAGGAGCUGCAGAGAGAGAGGCAGGACAAGGACCGGCUACACACAGAACUGCUGCAGCGGCCGGGAGUUGAGGACAUGGAGGUACUGCAGAAGGAGCUGAUCCAGGUGCAGACAUUGAUGGACAACAUGACACGUGAGAGGGAGGAGGAGUCGGCACGCCUCAAGAGCCAAUACGAGCAGCUGCAGGCUGACCACACCACCUCAGAGAUCUGUAAACUGGAGAUGACCAUCUCUCAGCUGAAGGCAGAGCUAGAGAAGGGACCUCAGGAGGCAGCAGUGUACACCCAGCAGAUCCACCAACUACAGAGCUCUCUGAACAACCUGCAGCAACAGAGCCAGAUGCUUUCAGAAACGCUUGGGCGCAGGGAGAAGGAGUUCCAGGAGCUGGAGGACUGCCUGGGGGCUGAGCAGGCCUCCAAGAAGACAGCCCAGGACAGUCUGCACCAGACGGAGAUGGAGGUGCAAGAGCUCCAGGCCCGGGUGGCAGGGGCUGAAGCCAGCCUGCAGAGAGCCCAAGCAGAUCUGGGGGAGGAGGCUGGCAGGCUCCGGAGGGAGGUGGCUGAGCUGGAGGCCAAGCAUGGGGAGGUGAAGGCGGAGAGGAAGCAGCUGCAGCAGCAGAGGGAGGAGAGGGAGAGCCAGGGCCUGGUGCAGCAGAGUGAGAUCAACCAGCUGCAUGCUAAGCUCCUGGAGGCGGAGCGUCAGCUGGGGGAGGUGCAGGGCCGUCUGAAGGAGCAGAGGCAGCUCUCUGGGGAGAAACUGAAGGAUCGUGAGCAGCAAACCGCCGACCUGCAGAUCAAACUGUCCCGCUCAGAGGAACAGUUGAAGGAGAACAGCAGUAAGAUGUUGGAUGUGCAGCACCAGCUGGAGAAAGCUAAGCAGCAACACCAGGAGCUUCAGGGCCUGCAGCAGAACACCAACACCAAGCUCAGAGAGGCACAGAAUGACCUGGAGCAGGUACUGCGUCAGAUCGGGGACAAGGACCAGAAGAUCCAGAACCUGGAGGCCCUGCUGCAGAAGACAAAGGACAGCGUGAGCCAGCUGGAGGCUGAGAGGGAGGACUUGGUGGCCAAGAUCCAGGCUGGGGAGGGAGAGACGGCCGUGCUCAACCAGCUGCAGGAGAAGAACCACACUCUACAGACGCAGGUCACACACUUGACAGACAAGCUGAAGAACCAAUCAGAGAGCCACAAGCAGGCUCAGGACAACCUCCACAAGCAGGUGCAGGAGCAGAAGAGCCUCCUCCGUGCGGCCCAGGACCGAGCCCAGACUGUGGAGACCUCUCUAGGGGAACUGAAUGCCCAACUGACAGAGAGUAGGGAGAAGGUGGCCCAACUGGACACACAGUUGAAGUCUAAGACGGAGAUGCUGCUGUCGGCUGAGGCAGCCAAGGCAGCCCAGAGAGUAGACCUGGAGAACCACCUGGAGACAGCCCAGCAUGCACUGCAGGACAAGCAGCAGGAGCUGAAUAAGAGCCAGGCAUGUGUAGAGGAGCAGGGCCGGAGGCUGCAAGAGAGACAUGAGCAGUGUGGCCAGCUGGAGGCCAGUUUGAAGGAGGUCAAAGACAAACUGCUGACCGCAGAACAGUGCAUAGAGCAACUGGGGGGACGGGCCAAGAAAGCGGAGGCAGAGGGGGUGGAGCUGAGGGCGGCCAGGGAGCAGACUCAGCAGGAAGUGCAGAAGCUCCAGAAGCAGGGGUCAGAGGUCAAGGGAAAACUGAAGGAGCUGGGUCGCCUAUUAGAGACUGAGAAGGCCGGGGCUGCUGUGUUACAGGAGGAGCUGAAGAGAAAGACUGACUCCCUGAGCGACACGCGGCAGCAGCUGGAGCGCUGUGAGCAGGAGAAGACCUCCCUCCAGGCCAGCCUGGACAAGCUAGCCCAGGAGGGGCAGGUGCGGCAGGCCGAGCUGGACAGAAAAGCCCAGGGUUUUGCUGGAGACCUCCAGAAGGCCAUGCAGGAGAAGGAGGCCCAGUGGAAAGAGCUGGCAGCAGCCAACGACGGUCUGGCUAAAGCCUCCAAGGCCCUGAAGGAGAGCCAGAGCCAAUUGGACAAGGAGAGGAAGAGCAGCAAGAUAGUCUUGGAGGAGAAGGAGAAGUCCCAUGAGAUGGCCAGACAGGAGCUGCUGAAUGCCACAAAGGCCACCACCAAGGAGAUGGCAGAGGUAAAAGGGCAGCUGGAGAAUAUCAGAGAGGCAGAGAAAGGGUUGAAGAUGCAGCUGACUGUAUUAACAGAGCAGCACACCGAGAACAAGGAGGCCCUGAAAGAGAAGGAGAAGGGGGUGCAGCAACUGCAGACACAGCUGAAGACAGCCCAGGGGUCCUUCAACCAGGAAAAUAAGAAACUGGAGAGCCAAGUGAGCGAGCUGCAAGGAGCACAUGCCAGGAAGGCUGAGGAGGAGGGUCGUCUGAAGGAGCAGGUGUCAGGCCUGGGCCAGGAGCUGAGUUCUGAGAGGACCAGAACAACUGAGCUGCAGAAGGCCCUAGAGCAGAGUCAGGAGGGUCUGGCCAAAAUGCAGUCUGACUACUACGGCAAGGAGUCAGAGGUGUCAUCUCUCAGACAGGACCUCGCGGCGUCUGAGGAGAGGCUGACCCUGUCCCAGGAGGAGUUGGCUGCUAACCGGACCCAGCUGACUGGUCUGGAGGGGCAGGUCCAGGGAGUGGAGGCUGCCCGGACCUCCCUGAAGCAGGAGCUUGCCAAUCGGGACCAGAGGCUGGGCCAGCAGGAGACAGCCCUCAAAGAGCUGCAGAAAAAUCAGGGUGUGACCCAGGAGGAGCUGCAGAAGGAGAGGCGCAGAGUGAAGGAGCUGAACCAGACUAAGGCUGCCCUAGAGAAGGACACAACCAGACUGGGUUCUGAGCUGAAGGCACUCGGGGAGAGGAGUGAGAAGGAGUUGAAGGAGCUUGGGGAGGCCAAGCAGUUGUUGAUCCAGCAGAAGCUGGAGGUGCAGGGCCAUGUGGAGGAGGUGCAGGCAGCCCUGGAGCAGGAGAAAGCCCUGCACCAGGUCACCAGGCACAGUGUUACCCAGAGAGAGGAGAAGUCUCGGGUGGAGGUCCAGGAGGUCCAGGUCCAGCUGGCGUCAGAACGUAAAGUCCGGGAGGAACAGGCGAAGCGGGGAGAGGAGGCAGAGGCGCGGCUGGGCCUGCAGGUGACGGCGCUCAACGAGAAUGUGGCCACGCUGAAGAGGGAGUGGCAGGGCAGCCAGCGGCGCUGUGGCGAACUGGAGAAGCAGACUGAUGAACUGCGGGGUGAGAUCGCUGUGCUCGAGGCCACCGUGCAGAACAACCAGGACGACAGGCGCGCGCUUCUGGAGAGGUGUGUGAAGGGUGAGGGGGAGAUGGAGAAACUGCAGUCCAAAGUGGUGGAGAUGCGUAGAAAACUGGAUGAUACAACCGCUGCCAUGCAGGAGUUGGGCAGAGAAAACCAGUCACUACAGAUAAAGCAGUCACAGUCUCUUACCAGGAAGUGGGCGGAGGACCACGAGGUACAGAACUGCAUGGCCUGUGGGAAGGGCUUCUCUCUCGCCAUCAGGAAACACCACUGCAGACACUGUGGCAACAUCUUCUGUGCAGAGUGCUCUGCCAAGAACGCUCUCACACCCUCCUCCAAGAAGCCUGUGCGGGUGUGUGAGACGUGCUUCGAAGAUCUCCAGGGUUGACACCUCUCUCUCUCGGCCUCCUGGCCCCGCCAGUGACAGCAUGUCUCAUCGUUUCCUACGUGACCAUUCUUACAAACGGACUCAGAAAUCAACACCUGUCUCUCUGACUUCAUGGACCAUUGGAACCAAUUAGACCUACUGUGCUGAUUGGAUGGGAGUGCAGAAGAAGGGGCCACAGUCACUGAAUGGGUCAGGGCCAGUGGUCUUAGUAAGGGGGGUAGCUGGGGUCUCGGUGUCACACAAGAUGGGAAUAUGAUGGAAGAAGCACAGCAGACAAGCCAGAGCUAUGGGAUGGGAUGGGCCAAAUCUGUAUAGUGCCUUUGCCACUUGUGAGGCUGGCUGGUUGGUCAGAGAGUGGUAACGGAGAAAGCUCAACAGCACUAUCCAUCUUUACUCUACAUGUCUAGCUUGGAUGGCGGCCAUCUUGGUUUGGCAUCGUUAGCAUCUUUUAAUGUUUAGGAAGACGAGGGGGUUGACUAAGUAUACGUUGGGUCUAGAAGGGUUGUGAAGGCAGGUGGAAGAAAGGGGUUAAAUCCCCAACAGGUUAAGUUGUUUUAACAAAAGGAUAUAGAGUUACGUUAAAGGGUUGAAAGCAGUGGUUCUGUUUGUUUUAGGAUAAGUAUUUUGUUAAUGACCAAAGAAUGUCCAUCUGGAGUAGUCCAAAUGUCCUGAGAUGGUAGGAUAUUAGGCAAAAUGGAAAGCUUGGAUUUUUCUUUACCUUAAUUUAAUCUCAAUUACUUUUUAAAUCUAGCUGAAAGCUUUGAGUUUUUUACUUUUAAAGUCCUACAUUUUUAUCAUAAAUUCAGACAUGCUUGAACAUGGCUGGCAUUUAUAAUGUACAUCAGAUUUUGUUUUGCAAUGCUGCUCAUUUUUCUACUAAACGUAAAUGAAGACUUUGUUUUGCACCGUCGUUGAUCUCUUGCAAACAACUGCUUGUGGUGGUGAUUUUUGUCAUUGAUUGCAGACGUGACGUGAUGUGAUCCACGUGGUUGCGUGUGGUGGUUUCUGUCGCCUGUAUCCCAUUCAACAUCAUGACUACUUACUGCAGGAGCUGUGUAUGCUCUGGUUUGAAGCAAUAACUGUCUGCGUGGAUCUUUGUGUGUGUGCGUGCGCGUGCGUGUGUGUGGUGUUUUAGGAAUGAUGUGUGUGUGUGUGUAGGUUGGCAGUGUUGUCUGUCUAUACAGCACCUCUACAGUGGUUUAACCUUUGGUCUGUGGACCACCAGGGUACUGUGUUAUUUCAUUUUUAUUCUAUAUUUCUUUCUAUAAUAAUAAUUGGGAGUAUUAAAGGGGGACUGAACCUCCUGAUUUAGCCUCGGUUUCAGUUUUCCUCAUAAGGAAAUUCAACUGUGAAUAAGAUUUGUGUCUUGAAGGCGUGCUUUGAUGUGUCUCGUGUGUGUGUGUGUGUGUGUCCGAACGUGGGAAGCCUUUGUACUUUCACUAUGCCUAAACCGUACACACUUAUAGUCACUCACCCUUCUAGAUGACAAUUAGCUUCAGCCGGCCGGUGUGCAACCAUGGAAAAGUUGGUUUGACUUUGGAUGGACCGUCACUAAAUUACACAGUGUAAAUGGGACAAUAUUUUCAUGUUGCACAUCUUUUAGUUGUCUCAUUAAAAGCUUUCAAUAUUUUUGUAUAUGAAUUUCUACAAUUUUAAAUUGGUUUUUAGGUUAAUUGAAAUUUGGAAAUAUUUACCUUUUGUUUUAAUUUUAUUUUUUACAUUGUUCCAUGUACAUUGUGCAAUUUACUGAUUCGCGGAUGGUGGGCCUCGAGCUUUUGGCGGUUAUUUAGUGGUCCCCAAAACGGAGAUGGUUGGGAACCGCUGCUCUAUAGUAUGCAUGGUGGCUGUUAAAACCUUCGCUCUACAACACUUGGACGUGUCAUAAUUGAUUUACGCUAACUGCAAACUCUUUACCAUCAGUCAAAUAGAACUGAUAACACUGUACAAAAUGUCAUCCUCAUUCAAGUAUUCUUAUUUUCUUUCUGACAAGCUCUUAAUACUGACUAAACUGCUCCUGCAUUGUCUCGUCAAUCCGCAGUAUAUGAUUGUAUUAAGAAUUUGUGAGUGACUUGUUUGUGUGGAGUGGUUAGCUGUCUGGGUUCUGGUUUGCUGUCCGGCUAGCAAUCUGCCUGUGUCCGGCGAGCUGAACAUCCUUUACUCUCUCUACAGUCCUUCCUCCAGAGAAUAUAUAUGCCAUUUAGCAGACACUUUUCCAAAGCAACUUGCCACUGCCCUGGCGUUACAAGCGACAUGCUCUACUAACUGAGCUACAAAGGACCACCCAGAAGGUCAUUCUUAAACACAUGGCUUUGUACCAGGUCACUUUGAUCAAGUAGUCUCAUGUGUUAGUAUCCAUCUCUGCAUUGCAUUGGUUUGGUAUCGUCUACCUCAGAUUGACACAGGCAUAUAAAUAGUACUAUGGUUAACCUGAAAGAUCACGAAAGUAUUCAUUCUCUGCUGGCCUGUCCAUACAGAUCAAGUUCCCCAGCUUGCGAUGGGUGUCGUUACUAAGGCCAAGAGUUUGGCGGUUUAGGCUUCACUGCUUUUAUCCUACUCUGGUUUAAGAGCCCACACAUCAGAUAGUGUCUGAGUCCCAACCUCUCUCUCUCAGUGCCAUGGUGUCACUCCGUGAGGAAGACACAAGUAUUGCCCCACUAACUAUCACCCCAUUCUACCCCUACAGUUGAGCGAUAGUCACCAACCCUGGUUCUGGAGAGAGCUACAAGGUGUGCAGGCUUUUGUUCCAGCCCAGCACUAGCACCUGUUCAUAAAAAUUUCUCAUUAAGACAUUAAUUAGUUAAAACUGUUAUUUCAGUGCUCGGCUGAAACAAAUGCCCCCCCUGUAGGGUUUACCAUCUUACUGUAUGACAUUAUCACACACUAAUACCUGGCUGUUGUAUUAUCUUUGUAAAAUUGUAAUUUUCUUAUGGAUGAAAAUGAAGGAGAGAGAAAUUAUGUUAAAAAACACUUGUAAUGUAAAAGAAAAAUCCAUAAUUGUCUUACUGAAUUCAUUUUAGUGAAUGGUACUACUACACUAAUCUGUGUCUUGUUUCACGUGGAUGUCGGUCAUCGUCAUGCAUGAUGUAUCGAUUGGCUUUAUAGUGCACAUUCUUCUUUCUCCACUUUGGAGGAUACCAUGGUCCUGUUCAUAUACUUUAGGAAUGUCUUUACUCAUUUCCUUCAGGUAAGCACAGAACUGUAAGUGGAUGGAUAGGUGAAAAAGGUUAUGACCCUUUCACUUCCACCUAUCCAACCAAUUGAGAUCUGUGACUACUUCAAGGAAGGUAGGAAGGAUGCAUUUCUGGAGUAUUGUAACAGAGGCCCAUAUGUAGUGGUUGUGCCUUAAGUCAACAUCUUGUUUGUCAGGCUCUCACAGUGACAGUCGGGAACACUGCCACCACAGACUACAGUUGAGGUCGGAAGUUUACAUUCACCUUAGCCAAAUACAUUUAAACUUAGUUUUUUUUCACAUUUCCUGACAUUUAAUCCUAUUAACAAUUCCCUGUCUUAGGUCAGUUGGGAUCACCACUUUAUUUUAAGAAUGUGAAAUGUCAGAAUAAUAGUAGAGAUUUAUUUCAGCGUUUUAUUUAUUUCAUCACAUUCUCAGUGGGUCAGGAGUUUACAUACACUCAAUUAGUAUUUGGUAGCAUUGCCUUUAAAUUGUUUAUCUUCGGUCAAACGUUUCAGGUAGCCUUCCACAAGCUUCCCACAAUAAGUUGGGUGAAUUUUGGCCCAUUCCUCCUGACAAAGCUGGUGUAACUGAGUCAGGUUUGUAGGCCUCCUUGCGCGCACACGCUUUUCCAAUUCUACCCACAAUUUUUAGACAGAAUUGAGGUCAGGGCUUUGUGAUGGCCACUCCAAUACCUUGACUUUGUUGUCCUUAAGCCAUUUUGCCACAGCUUUGGAAGUGUGCUUGGGGUCAUUGUCCAUUUGGAAGACCCAUUUACGACCAAGCUUUAACUUCCUGACUGAUGUCGCUUCAAUAUAUCCACAUAGUUUUCCUGCCUCAUGAUGCCAUCUAUUUUGUGAAGUGCACCAGUCCCUCCUGCAGAAAAGAACCCCCACAGCAUGAUGCUGCCACCCCUGUGCUUCACGAUUGGGAUGGUGUGCUUCACGAUUGGGAUGGUGUUCUUCGGCUUGCAAGCCUCCCCCUUUUUCCUCCAAACAUAAUGAUGGUCAUUAUGGCCAAACAGUUCUAUUUUUGUUUCAUCAGACCAGAGGACAUUUCUCCAAAAAGUACGAUCUUGGUCCCCAUGUGCAGUUGCAAAUUGUAGUCUGGCUUUUUUAUGGCGGGUUUGGAGCAGUGGCUUCUUCCUUGCUGAACGGCCUUUCAGGUUAUGUGGAUAUAGAUACUUUUGUACCCGUUUCCUCCAGCAUCUUCACAAGGUCCUUUGCUGUUGUUCUGGGAUUGAUUUGCACUUUUCCCCACAAAGUACGUUCAUUUAGGAGACAGAAUACGUCUCCUUCCUGAGAGGUAUGAUGGCUGCGUGGUCCCAUGGUGUUUAUACUUGCGUACUAUUGUUUGUACAGAUGAACGUGGAACCUUCAGGCGUUUGGAAACUGCUCCCAAGGAUGAACCAGACUUGUGGAUUUCUACAGUUUUUUUUCUGAGAGUUUAGCUGAUUUUCUUUUGAUUUUCCCAUAAUGUCAAGCAAAGAGGCACUGAGUUUGAAGGUAGGCCUUGAAAUACAUCCACAGGUACACCUCCAAUUGACUCAAAGGAUGUCAAUUAGCCUAUCAGAAGCUUCUAAAGCCAUGACACCAUUUUCUGGAAUUUUCCAAGCUGUUUAAAGACACAGUCAACUUAAGUGUGUGUAAACUUCUGUCCCAGUGAAUUAUAAGUGAAAUAAUCUGUAAAUAAUUGUUGGGAAAAUGACUUGUGUCAAGCACAAAGUAGAUGUCACAACCGACUUGCCAAAACUAUAGUUUGUUAACAAGAAAUUUGUGGAGUGGUUCAAAAACGAGUUUUACUGACUCCAACUUAAGUGUAUGUAAACUUCCGACUUGAACUGUACCCGACCUGGAAGGAGGAACAUGUUGUGUGUGUGAUGAAGGAAAGAAAGAAUCAUGAUAUUUUAUGUCCAAGAUGUACCAUUUAUUGUAUAAAAAAAAAUCCAUCAUGAUUAAGAGUAAAUAAAACAAGUUGUUUCUAUUUUC